AUGUCUGGCCAUAACAAGCAGCUAGCAUUAGUAGCUACACAGCUAGUCCCCCGUUACUGGCUUCGUGUUGGUCACAAAAUGCAUCAACAGGACUUUUCAGGAGAUUCUACUGGGUCUAGGAAGAUGUCUUUCCACAAUAGAAGAGGCAGUAACACCACCGGUAGUGGUGGAGUAUCUGGGUCUGCUCCAGGUAGCAGUAAUGUAAUUCCCACUGAUGAUUAUCAGUCAACUAGCCAGGCUGGGUCCUCCUCCCCUGGGCCACACCACCACCCCCUGAGCCUUAACCUCUCCCAGUCCGGGUCUCAGGUGAAAAAGAAGAGUGGCUUCCAGAUAACUAGCGUGACCCUGGCCCAGGUCUCUGUUAGCACCAACAACAGCAUAGCGGACGACACAGAGAGUUAUGAUGACAUGGAUGAAUCCCACACAGAAGACCUUUCCUCCUCUGAAAUGCUGGACGUGUCCGUAUCUCGGGACACCGGCGUCCCGGAGAGAAGCUCCUCGGAUGAGACCCUGAACAGCCCCCAUGGGGUGGAGACCCCAGGCGCAGCGUCCCCUAACCAACCCCUGAUCCCUCACUCCCUACCCCAGGGCCCUCCUAGCGAACCCCUGCAGCCUCGGGGUCCUCCGCAGCCUGGCAACAUGGUGAACGGGACUGUGCAUAAUCUGCAAGAGAAUGUGGUGGCAGCAGCCUUUACUGUCUCAGUGGCAGGGGGGAGUUCCUCUGGAAUGGCUGGGCCCAACCAGACCCAGAUGGGGCAGGGUAUGGUGGAGAACACCACCACUCAGUUCUCUGGUACCAUCACUGCUGGGCCAGGCAUGGAUGUGUCAUCCAUAGACGGUGGUAGUGGUGUCCCUCCCUCUGCGGACCCUAUAAGCUUUGACAGUAGUGGAGGCCGUCAAGGGACAUCCAGUGGAGUAGGGUCUCUCCCUGGAGGCACAGGGCCCACCAAUAGCACCCAGAUUGGGAUGGCAGGAGUGGUGGCACAGGCUAUGACCUCCAGCACCCAGACACAGACCCAAGCCGCUCCGGGGUCUCGCUUCAGAGUGGUGAAGCUGGACUCUAACUCGGAGCCGUUCCGUAAGGGAAGAUGGAUGUGUACAGAGUACUAUGAGAAGGAGGUUCCCCCUGCCGCGCCGACUUCUGACCCAGCCCCUGCACCCAGCGCUGCCGGCCCAGAGAGCGAAGCAUGGAAUGGGAGUGUGGUGGCCAGUGUUGUCCAGUACGGAGGCCCAGAGAUGGAAGCAGGGAAUGGGAGUGUGGUGGCCAGUGUUGUCCAGUACGGAGGCCCAGAGAUGGAAGCAGGGAAUGGGAGUGUGGUGGCCAGUGUUGUCCAGUACGGAGGCCCAGAGAUGGAAGCAGGGAAUGGGAGUGUGGUGGCCAGUGUUGUCCAGUACGGAGGCCCAGAGAUGGAAGCAGGGAAUGGGAGUGUGGUGGCCAGUGUUGUCCAGUACGGAGGCCCAGAGAUGGAAGCAGGGAAUGGGAGUGUGGUGGCCAGUGUUGUCCAGUACGGAGGCCCAGAGAUGGAAGCAGGGAAUGGGAGUGUGGUGGCCAGUGUUGUCCAGUACGGAGGCCCAGAGAUGGAAGCAGGGGCAUCCCAGACCCUGCAGCCAUACCAGCAGCACCAGGACUACACCAGCCCUCAGACUGUCCACAUGGUCCCUCAGGACCCUAACCCUCUCCUGCUGCAGCAGACCAGCAUGGUCCCCCCUGGUACUCUACCUGCAGCCCCCCAGGUGAAUGCCCAGGGUGCUGGGAGUCAGGCCAUGCCCAAGCAGGUGCCCUAUGCUAUGGACCAUGCCCAGACAGGCCAGCCCACGCAGCAGCUCCCAGCGGUGCUAGUGAGCCAGACAGGCAGCCGGCCUCCAGACUUCAUCCAGCCUACGGCUCCUCUCCAGUCCCAGGUCCUCCCCCCACACCCUGGCUCUCUUGGGGUGUCCAUGCCUGGCCCAGCCGCUGUCCCUCAACCCCUUCCGAGUCAGCUCCAGAAUCUCCCAGCCCAGCAGCUGCACCCUCACCCUCACCCCCAGCACCCUUCCGCCCCUUUCGUGACCACACUCCGAGCCGACCUCCAGCCCCUCCUGACCCACGGGGUGCCCCUCAGCCACACCAGCCUGGCCCAAAGCGGGGCUCCGUACGGGGGCAGCAUCCCCAGCCUGACGGCAUCCCAGCUGGAGGAUGCCCAGAGGCUGCUGUUCCAACACCAGUCCCGGCUGGGAGCUGCAGGACGAGGCUGCUCCAUGGAGAACAUGGGGAAGGCUGGAGAUGCCAGUGCCUUAGUGGCUGCUGCUGCAGGCCUGAGGACACAGUCUGCAGAUGGAGAGGAGGACAGGUAAGGAUGGAUGGAUGGAUGGAUGGAUGGCCUCUGUGUUGGAAUUAGAACGGUUGAAGGUAGACUCAGCAAUAUGACAUCAUAGACUGCUCUAAGUAGGCCUACCUUACUGGGAUUGUUUUAAAUUAAAAUGGUAAAAAAUAAACAAAUAGCUUCUUAGCAAAGAGCAAUUUCUCAAGCAAGAGCUUUGCUAGACUGUCUGGGAGUGGUCUGAGUGGGGAGGGGCCAACUGAAAACUAGCUGUUAUUGGCCGAGCGGUUUGGAACCCUCAUAUUGUUCUGUUAACUAAUUUACCGCCUGUGUGUUUAUAUACAGGACCAGUCAAAGGGUUGGACACACCUACUCAUUCCAGGGGUUUUCUUUAUUUGUUCUAUUUUCUACAUUGUAGAAUAAUAGUGAAGACAUCAAAACUAUGAAAUAACACAUAUGGAAUCAUGUAGUAACCAAAAAAGGGUUAAACAAAUCAACAUAUAUUUUAUAUUUGAGAUUCUUCAAAGUAGCCACCCUUUGCCUUGAUGACAGCUUUGCACACUCUUGGCAUUUUCUUAACCAGCUUCAUGAGGUAGUCACCUGGAAUGCAUUUCAAUCAAUAGGUGUACAUUGUUAAGAGUUAAUAUGUGAAAUGUCUUUCCUUAAUGCGUUUGAGCCAAUCAGUUGUGACAAGGUAGGGGUGGGAUACAGAAGAUAGCCCUAUUUGGUAAAAGACCAAGUCCAUAUUAUGGCAGAACAGCUCAAAUAAGCAAAGAGAACAGACCAAGUCCAUAUUAUGGCAGAACAGCUCAAAUAAGCAGAGAGAACAGACCAAGUCCAUAUUAUGGCAGAACAGCUCAAAUAAGCAGAGAGAACAGACCAAGUCCAUAUUAUGGCAGAACAGCUCAAAUAAGCAAAGAGAACAGACCAAGUCCAUAUUAUGGCAGAACAGCUCAAAUAAGCAAAGAGAACAGACCAAGUCCAUAUUAUGGCAGAACAGCUCAAAUAAUCAGAGAGAACAGACCAAGUCCAUAUUAUGGCAGAACAGCUCAAAUAAGCAGAGAGAACAGACCAAGUCCAUAUUAUGGCAGAACAGCUCAAAUAAGCAGAGAGAACAGACCAAGUCCAUAUUAUGGCAGAACAGCUCCAAUAAGCAGAGAGAACAGACCAAGUCCAUAUUAUGGCAGAACAGCUCCAAUAAGCAGAGAGAACAGACCAAGUCCAUAUUAUGGCAGAACAGCUCAAAUAAUCAGAGAAAGGACAGUCCAGUAUCACGUUAAGACAUUAAGUCAGUCAAUACGGAACAUUUCUUUUGUUGCAAAGAAAAAGUCAUAUCUCAGACUGCCCAUCUUUAAUCUUUUCUUUUUAUUGGCCAGUCUGAGAUAUUACUUUUUCUUUGCAACUCUGCCUAGAAGGUCAGCAUCCCGGAGUCGCCUCUUCACUGUUGACAUUGAGACUGGUGUUUUGCGGGUACUAUUUAAUGAAGCUGCCAGUUGAGGACCUGUGAGGCGUCUGUUUCUCAAACUAGACACUCUAAUGUAUUUGUCCUCUUCCUCAGUUGUGCACCGGGGCCUCCCACUCCUCUUUCUAUUCUGGUUAGAGCCAGUUUGCGCUGUUCUGUGAAGGGAGUAGUACACAGCGUUAUACGAGAUCUUCAGUUUCUUGGCAAUUUCUCACAUGGAAUAGCCUUCAUUUAUCAGAACAAGAAUAGACUGACGAGUUUCAGAAGAACGUUAUUUGUUUCUGGACAUUUUGAGCCUGUAAUCGGACCCACAAUUGCUGAUGCUCCAGAUACUCAACUAGUCUCAAGAAGGCCAGUUUUAUUGCUGCUGUACACAGAGAAUCAAGAGAAUAAUAUAUUUAGUACUGAUCAAAUCAAUAGUCUAUUUAGUCCUGAUCUAAUAAAGAGAAGUGUAUUUACUCUUGAUCGAAUAAAGAUAAGUCUAUUUAGUCAUGAUCCAAUCAAGAGAAUAGUUGAUUUAGUCCUGAUCAAAUUUAAGAAGUCUAUUUAGUCCUGAUCAAAUCAAGAGAAUAGUUGAUUUAGUCCUGAUCAAAUUUAAGAAGUCUAUUUAGUCCUGAUCAAAUCAAGAGAAUAGUUGAUUUAGUCCUGAUCAAAUUUAAGAAGUCUAUUUAGUCCUGAUCAAAUCAAGAGAAUAGUUGAUUUAGUCCUGAUCAAAUUUAAGAAGUCUAUUUAGUCCUGAUCCAAUCAAGAGAAUAGUCUAUUUAGCCCUGAUCAAAUCAAGAGAAUAGUUGAUUUAGUCCUGAUCAAAUCAAGAGAAGUUGAUUUAGUCCUGAUCAAAUCAAGAGAAAAGUUGAUUUAGUCCUGAUCAAAUUUAAGAAGUCUAUUUAGUCCUGAUCAAAUCAAGAGAAUAGUCUAUUUAGCCCUGAUCAAAUCAAGAGAAUAGUCUAUUUAGUCCUGAUCAAAUCAAGAGAAUAGUCGAUUUAGCCCUGAUCAAAUCAAGAGAAUAGUCUAUUUAGUCCUGAUCAAAUCAAGAGAAUAGUCUAUUUAGCCUUAAAAUGGGAAAUUACCCUUUACGUUGGCUGGCUUGUAGGCUACAACCUAGUGUUUUAUUAGUGCUGAACGAUUAGUGCUUUUUGAGGUCGUUUCGGUUAGAUUAUUUACAAAAAAUAAUGGAUUUAGUUUUUGAUCCUUUUUUUAGACAUUAAAUGCAUUAAGUGAGUUUAAUGCUGUAACAACAGAAUAGAACCAUGAGUUAAAGUCCCAAGAUGGAAGAGACGUCCCAUUACUGCUAUCUCUUGUUUAUUUCAUCACUUUAUUAUUACAUUUUACAUUUUAGUCAUUUAGCAGACGCUCUUAUCCAGAGCCACUUCCUUAUUCUCAUCUCUAUAGAGCUGCAGACGCUCUUAUCCAGAGCCACUUCCUUAUUCUCAUCUCUAUAGAGCUGCAGACGCUCUGAUCCAGAGCCACUUCCUUAUUCUCAUCUCUAUAGAGCUGCAGACGCUCUUAUCCAGAGCCACUUCCUUAUUCUCAUCUCUAUAGAGCUGCAGACGCUCUUAUCCAGAGCCACUUCCUUAUUCUCAUCUCUAUAGAGCUGCAGACGCUCUGAUCCAGAGCCACUUCCUUAUUCUCAUCUCUAUAGAGCUGCAGACGCUCUGAUCCAGAGCCACUUCCUUAUUCUCAUCUCUAUAGAGCUGCAGACGCUCUGAUCCAGAGCCACUUCCUUAUUCUCAUCUCUAUAGAGCUGCAGACGCUCUGAUCCAGAGCCACUUCCUUAUUCUCAUCUCUAUAGAGCUGCAGACGCUCUGAUCCAGAGCCACUUCCUUAUUCUCAUCUCUAUAGAGCUGCAGACGCUCUUAUCCAGAGCCACUUCCUUAUUCUCAUCUCUAUAGAGCUGCAGACGCUCUUAUCCAGAGCCACUUCCUUAUUCUCAUCUCUAUAGAGCUGCAGACGCUCUGAUCCAGAGCCACUUCCUUAUUCUCAUCUCUAUAGAGCUGCAGACGCUCUUAUCCAGAGCCACUUCCUUAUUCUCAUCUCUAUAGAGCUGCAGACGCUCUGAUCCAGAGCCACUUCCUUAUUCUCAUCUCUAUAGAGCUGCAGACGCUCUUAUCCAGAGCCACUUCCUUAUUCUCAUCUCUAUAGAGCUGCAGACGCUCUUAUCCAGAGCCACUUCCUUAUUCUCAUCUCUAUAGAGCUGCAGACGCUCUUAUCCAGAGCCACUUCCUUAUUCUCAUCUCUAUAGAGCUGCAGACGCUCUGAUCCAGAGCCACUUCCUUAUUCUCAUCUCUAUAGAGCUGCAGACGCUCUGAUCCAGAGCCACUUCCUUAUUCUCAUCUCUAUAGAGCUGCAGACGCUCUGAUCCAGAGCCACUUCCUUAUUCUCAUCUCUAUAGAGCUGCAGACGCUCUGA